CCGAUUAUUGAUUCCAUGGUUUAUCAAUUAUUCUACCGUCGUUUGGGCAUAGUACAUCGUCUGCUGCUUUUGAGCUUUAUCCUAUUCCUAUUGCUUUUCACAGAGAGAGAGAGAGAGAGAGAGAGAGAGCAGAAUCAGAUGGUAUUUGCAGUGAAUGGACAGAGAUUCGAGCUAUCCACCGUCCUCGACCCUUCCACUUCUUUGCUCGACUUCCUUAGGACUCGAACCCGUUUCAAAGGACCCAAGCUUGGAUGUGGAGAAGGUGGUUGCGGAGCUUGUGUUGUUCUUCUGUCAAAGUACGACCCUAUAACUGAACAAGUCGAAGAUCAUACAGUGAACUCAUGCCUGACUCUUCUCCAUAGUAUAAAUGGCUGUUCGAUUACAACAAGUGAAGGCCUUGGAAACAGCAAAGAUGGUUUCCAUCCAAUUCACCAGAGGUUUUCGGGCUUCCAUGCUUCUCAAUGCGGUUUCUGCACUCCUGGCAUGUGCAUGUCUCUCUUUUCUGCAAUUUUUAAUGCUGAUAAAACUGGAAGGCCUGAUCCCCCACAUGGGUUUUCCAAGCUUACAGUGUCUGAAGCAGAGAAGGCUAUUGCAGGCAACCUCUGUCGUUGCACUGGCUAUCGACCCAUUGUCGACGUCUGCAAGAGUUUUGCAUCAGAUGUUGAAAUUGAGGAUUUGGGUCUCAAUUCCUUUUGGAGAAAAGGGGAGAAUGCAAAUGGAAAUGUAGAUAAGUUACCCUCUUAUAGACGCAAUGAGAUCCAUACAUUUCCUGACUUCCUAAAAAAUGAAAUUAAAUCAUCUACAUGUCUCAUGUCUGAAACUGAAAAUGAAUGUUUGACGGAGUGUCACUGGCAUAGUCCCAUUAGUGUUGAAGAGCUUCAAAACCUAUUGGAACCCAAAGAACUCGGGAUUGGAAAACGGGUGAAAUUGGUUGUUGGUAAUACAGGUGCCGGUAUUUACAAGGAACUAGACCACUACGACACGUAUAUCGAUCUAAGACGAAUUCCCGAGCUUUCAGCAAUCAAAAGAGACUCCAAAGGGAUUGAAAUUGGAGCUGCUGUGACUAUAUCAAAGGCCAUCGAAGCAUUGAUGGAAGGAAAAGAAAUUUUACCUGGGUCGGUGUUCAUGAAAAUUGCCAAUCAUAUGGACAAGAUUGCAUCGGUGUCCAUCAGAAAUACUGCCAGUUUGGGAGGUAAUCUAAUCAUGGCACAAAGAAAUCAGUUCGCAUCGGACAUCGCUACUAUUCUCCUUGCGGCUGGGACAUCUGUUAACAUCCAUACGGGUUCCGAAAGAAUCCUGCUUACACUGGAGGAGUUCUUGAACAGGCCUCCAUGCGAUUCUAAAACAAUACUUUUAAGCAUUCAUAUUCCUAGUUGGAAUCCAGGAAGAAACACAUGUUCCGAGAAUGGUAAUUCCAUCAAAUACAUGCCUAUGAAAGAAACUCAAUUGUUGUUUGAGACGUACAGAGCUGCACCACGUCCCCUUGGAAAUGCUGUAGCUUAUCUCAAUUGUGCUUUCUUAGCUUAUGUUUCUAGAACAUCAGAUGAAUUUGUUGUGGUAAGUCCGCAGUUAGCUUUUGGUGCAUACGGGACUAACCAUGCAAUUAGAGCAAGGAAAGUUGAGAGAUUUUUAGCUGGGAAAUCUUUGACUGUGCCCGUUUUGCUCGAGGCAAUCAGACUAGUCCGAGCAAUGGUGGUGCCUAAAGAAGGCACGUCGAGUCCUGCUUAUAGAUCAAGUUUGGCUGUUGGGUUUCUUUUUGAUUUUCUUCGACCCCUUGUUAAGGGUUUAAUGGUACCAAUAAAAGAUUUGCAGAUGAAGAUAUCUGAUUGUGAUGCUAAUGGUGGUGCCAAUGGGUAUUUUAAUACUUUGGAAAACAAAUCUUCUUUGGGGUUAUCUGCAAAGCAGGUUUUAGAAGUUCAUGGGGAAUAUUUUCCUGUUGGGAAGCCUACUGAAAAAGCAGGAGCAGAGAUUCAAGCUUCUGGUGAAGCAGUGUAUGUGGAUGACAUGCCUUCUCCUCAGGAUUGCCUUCAUGGUGCAUUCAUUUGUAGCACAAAGCCUUUGGCACGUGUGAAGGGUAUUGAAUUCAAUUCUACAUCAGCUUCUAAAAGAAUCAUGACAGUUGUUUCUGUUAAAGACAUACCGAGAGGAGGGAAGAACAUAGGGUCCUUGAGUAUUUUUGGUAGAGAACCUCUAUUUGCUGAUGAUGUUACUCAGUUCGCUGGUCAACCGCUUGGUUUCGUGAUUGCAGAAACACAGAAAUAUGCCAACAUGGCUGCUAAUCAAGCCGUGGUUGAUUACGAUAUGGAGAAUUUAGAACCACCCAUUUUGACAGUAGAAGAGGCUGUUGAAAGAUCCAGCUUUUUUGAGGUCCCUUCUUUCCUUAGCCCAACACCAAUUGGCGAUUUCUCAAAAGGAAUGGCUGAAGCCGAUCACAAGAUCCUCUCAUCCAAGAUUGAACUUGGGUCUCAAUACUAUUUCUAUAUGGAGACUCAAACAGCGCUUGCCAUACCAGAUGAAGACAACUGUAUGGUGGUUUACAGUUCGUGUCAAUGUCCUGAAAAUGCACAGCAGGUAAUUGCAGAAUGCCUCGGCAUCCCCCACCAUAAUGUUCGGGUGAUCACGAGGAGGGUUGGAGGAGGAUUUGGCGGAAAGGCAUUAAGGGCGUUGCCUGUUGCGACAGCGUGUGCACUUGCAGCAUACAAGUUACAACGCCCUGUUCGAAUUUACCUUGACCGCAAGACUGAUAUGAUAAUGGCAGGAGGACGCCAUCCAAUGAAAAUAAACUACACUGUCGGUUUCAAAUCUGAUGGGAAGAUCACAGCUCUACACACCGAUAUAUUGAUCAAUGCAGGGAUAUCGGAAGACAUAAGUCCGAUCAUGCCAUCAAACAUGGUUGGAGCAUUGAAGAGGUACAACUGGGGAGCUUUCUCUUUUGACAUUAAGGUCUGCAAGACAAACCAUUCAAGCAAAUCGGCCAUGCGGGGUCCUGGAGAGGUGCAAGCAUCUUUUAUUGCUGAAGCUGUAAUCGAGCACGUGGCAUCAGCUCUUUCUGUGGAGGCUGAUUUCAUAAGAAAGAAGAAUCUCCACACAUUUGAAAGUCUCAAUCUGUUUUAUGAAGGUAUUGCUGGAGAACCCGUCGAGUACACAUUACCUUCAGUUUUCGAUAAGUUGGCUGCUUCUUCAAGCUUUCACCACAGGACUGAAAUGAUCAAACAGUUCAAUGGUUGUAAUAAAUGGAAGAAACGUGGCAUUUCACGUGUACCCAUCGUGCAUGAAGUGAGACUGAGGCCAACACCAGGCAGGGUGAGUAUUCUCAAUGAUGGCUCGAUCGUUGUUGAAGUUGGUGGGAUUGAGUUGGGACAAGGACUGUGGACGAAAGUGAAGCAGAUGACUGCAUUUGCUCUCAAUCGUUUAUGGAGUGAUGGAAGCCUAGAUGUUUUGGAGAGAGUUCGUGUUCUUCAGGCGGAUACUUUGAGCAUGGUGCAAGGUGGAUUCACUGCUGGGAGCACCACAUCGGAAGCGAGCUGCGCUGCAGUUCAACUUGCAUGCAAUGUCUUGGUUGAAAGGCUUAUGCCACUCAAGGAAAGUUUGCAGCAGCAAAUGGAGGUGCUUUCAUGGGAUGCUCUGAUUUUUCAGGCGAAUCUCCAAUCAGUGAACUUAUCAAGUAGUGCUCUAUGGAUCCCUGACUAUAGUUCCAUGCAAUACCUUAACUAUGGUGCUGCUAUAAGUGAGGUGGAGAUAGAUCUUAUUACAGGUGCUACCACUAUCUUGCGGACAGAUAUUACCUAUGACUGUGGUCAGAGCCUGAACCCUGCCGUGGACUUGGGGCAGGUCGAAGGAGCUUUUGUCCAAGGUCUUGGAUUUUUCAUGCUCGAACAAUAUGAAACGAAUUCGGAUGGAUUGGUGGUCUCCGAAGGAACAUGGACGUACAAGAUUCCUACUGUUGACACAAUCCCCAAACAGUUCAAUGUCGAAUUACUCAACAGUGGUCAUCACAAAAAACGCAUUCUCUCCUCCAAAGCUUCUGGAGAGCCACCGUUGCUUCUAGCAGUCUCGGUUCAUUGUGCAACAAGAGAAGCCAUUCGUGAAGCCAGGAAAGAGCAUUUUUGCAAUGGUUCUGAUGGGUCUACUUGGGCGUUCCAAAUGAAGGUUCCCGCAACCAUGCCCGUAGUGAAGGAGCUUUGUAGGCUCGACAAUGUAGAGAGGUACUUGGAGAACAUGCUUUCUCAUCGAUGAAAAUUACAUCUCUUUUUUUUUUUUUUAAUAGCUUGUAUCUUAAUUAUAUUUCUGAAAGCAUGCAUAUCAUACGAUAGCGCAUGUUCUUGUGUAAUAGCAUGUGUAUAUAUGCAUAAAUGGAAUAAUACUUGGAAGGGUUGGAAUACUUUCUUGA